AACCAACCCACGGCAGAAGGCCUACUAUUAUGAUACUACAAGUAUGCUGCUGUAGACCAGCGGGGAUGACUUCCUGAAUCAAUCGCCCACCUGGAUACUACACACAGCAGCGACGUUGGGGUCGUUUGACGCCAACGAGCCGACGAACUUUGACAACCCGGCCACACCCUUCGAUCAACAGCCGGCAACACCAAGGAACUAUUCUCCCCGCUCGUACUCACUCGGCCACGACCGAUCGUGCGAGGACCACUGUGGAUUCCCCUGAAAUCUCUCGCGCCCGUUCUGGAUUCCACGUAAGAACCUCAACCCGACGAGCACCUGCUGAGUGAGGAGAGGCGACAAGAAUCAAACGCUAGCAUUGGUAAGAUAUGAAGCUCGCGUGGCAGUCCGUUCUGCUGCCGCCGGUGCUUGUGGUCGUGACCCAAGGUGAGAAAAACAACUGCAGCAGUGAGCGGGAAACGUUCUUGCGAAGAGAGUCACGUCGUCUGCCGCCCCGUGGUCAGUGCCGCGGGUGUAUCGUGGGACAUUUUUAUCUUGCCCGUGCCUGCUUAAUUGUUCUGAAUAUUUUACUCUAGGAGUCCGACCGGGUGUAACGGUACUCUGUUCACCUCGCGCCCUCCAGUCGACGGGGAUGUAUGCAUGUGUGUGUGCCCCUGCUGUGUGUUGAUGGUGCGUCUACGCUGAGGCCUCGAGAUUGAAUGCUAGCGUCGCGUGCCUUGCUUGCUUUCAAGCACGGCUCCUACAGCAGCAUCACUCCUUACUUGCCUCUACACCGGCCAAAAGAGUUGUUUGACAAGAGAUCUUGCUGGGACUACGCGAAGUAUGUGCCCCAGUCCGCUUGCAACGACGGCAUCGAGGGCAUCGACGGCAACGGCGUCGUCUGCUGUCCGCUCGAGUGCGGGCAGUGCGCAGGGACCGGGUGCACCAAUUUCGGCGCCGAUUUUGGCCUCGGUUCCGAGUCGUGCUGCGGCGGAGGAGUCAAGGAUGCCGGUAACUACUGCGAUGUCACCGGCGAAGCCCCGUGCAUCUACGGCAGCCCCCCCGAAGGUGAGUGCAGCGGCGGCAUCGAGGGCAUCGACGGCAAUGGUGUCGUCUGCUGCCCGCUCGAGUGCGGGCAGUGCGGAGGGACGGGUUGCUCCUCGGCUGGCGCAGCGUCCGGCCUCGGUUCCGAGUCCUGCUGCGAGUCCGGAGUAGAUUCUAGCGGCCGGUACUGCGAUGUCACCGGCGAAGCCCCAUGCAUCUACGGCAGCCCAGACGACGGUGAGAAUCGUUGCAUCGAACGUCACUUAUAAAAAUUGUUGUGUUACGACUUUCAUUCAGAUGUGGUGGUCUCGUCCAAACUUGGGCCGUGUUUUCGUUUUUAUGACCAUCGAUCGGCCCAAGGUACCGCAGUGUACGUGAUGACCGAAGUUCGUAUCAUCACAUAAUAUUUACGUACAUGCGUUUCCCGCUAGAUACGUGCGACCGGAAUCGGCCGCCGCCGAGAAACCCGGCGCGCCGGCAACGUCUACUCCCUAGGACACAUUUGUCCCCGCCGUGACCCUAGUACUUGUUGAGGCCUUUGAUGUACUGUUAAGUAGGGGUCCGUACGCGCUCCGCGCUUUAAAAAAUACGCCGCUUUUAGGGCCCCAUCUCUCGACAACCAACGGCCGUUCGUCCGUUUUCGCCAGGGAACUCGCGACGCGAAACUCGAUACUCUGGAUCGUUGCGGUGGCGACGAAGCCUUGCCGUCACGCGCGGCGCGGGUAACCUCCGGCACCACACGACCCAAGCCUAUGUAGAGCCCUAAGUUGCUCGCCUCUCGUACGUUCGCGAAGACAAGGGUUCCCCCCCCCGACGCGGUUCCAACACCUGGCCAACGUUGAACUAGCCCCUCGGGCAACGCACGCGCGGCCUUUCGCUUGCGCACGCACCUGCCUCUCCCUUGCGACUCUCGCCUUCGACACCCGUCCAAUCACUCCUCCCAUAUCUUCUGUCCGCUACGUUGGUUGUGGUAGGCAGGGGACGAACGACCCCGACCAGCCCAACCCCCCGUCUACUCCCAUAUCUUCUGUCCGCUGCGAUCGUUGCGGUAGGCAGGGGGCGAACGACCUCAACCAGCCCAAAUCCCCCGUCUACUCCGGCAUCUUCUGUCCGCUAGUUGCGGUAGAUGCGGAACAGGACGACCCCCACCAGCUCAAUCGCCGGUCUGUACCGCGCUGCCGCCGCGCUUCCAGCUCCGAGUUCCACCCCCCUCGUCACACCCACAAGACGCCGACGGCGCAAAACCAUACCUGACGACACUCACCACUGCCACCAACACCACUGCGAUCGCCACUGCUACCAGUACCACCCCAACACCACCAACAGUGCCACCAACACCACCAUCACCGAAAAACGCCGAGACAGGCUUCUGCAGCAACGGCUUGGAAUGUUGCCCUCUCGAGUGCGACACGUCCGGCCAGGAGUUCAGCCUCGGCUCCGAGUCCUGUUGCGGCGAAGGGAUCAUAGACUCCGGGAUCAUGUGCUCCGACUCCCGGGCGGCCCCGUGCAUCCAAGGUGCCUAGGCGGCACGUACCACCCUAAUGACGACGACCUCCACCCCCACCCCGAAGAAAUAGUCGGUGCGCAGCUGAUCCGACCACAGGCGGCCCUACGAUGACUGUGCUGUUGAGGCAGGCGCAAGGCUCGGACGUGGGGGUCGAAAGGCGCGC